AUGAAGGCCAACUUUUUCACCCUCUCCCUCCUCCUCGGAGCCUCUCCUUUGGUCAUUGCCCAGGAUAUCCCGACCACCCUCGCCACCAUGGUCCGUCCUUCCGGAGCUGAUGGCAAGGGCAAGCCGUCCGGUGUCUUCUCCGGGCCUCCUUCCUCCGGCUCCGGAUUCCCCACUGGUGGAUUCGGUGGGUUUGGUGGACACGGACACGGAGGACCUUCUGGAUUCCCCCAAGGUUCUGAGUUCCCUCACCCUACUGGAGGUCAACACGGUGGCCACCGCCCCAGUGGUGUGCCUUCCGGUUUCCCCUCCGGUGUUCCCUCUGGUUUCCCCUCCGGCUCGGGUUUCCCCGCCCCCACUGGCUCCGCUGGUGGCCCUGAACCGACUGGCCAGGCCUUCGCCAAGCGCCAGGAGUCUGGAUAUCCUUCGGGAACUCAGGGUGGCUUCCCCUCUGGUACUCAAGGUGGAUCUCGCCCAACUGGUGGCUUCGGCGGCCACCACGGUGGCCAUGGCGGCGCGAGUGGCGCCCCCUCCGGCUUCCCAUCGGGCACUGCCUCUGGUGCUAAACCCACUGGCAACUUCGGCGCUGAUAGCUUUGGCAGUGAAGGGUCAAGCAACGGCGCUCCCUCGGGCGCCCCCAGCGGUGGUUUUGGUAGUGCUUCCCCCAGCGCCAGCGGCUUCCCCCAGGGCGGUAACGGUGGCUCUUUCCCCAGCGGUGCUCCCCAGGGCGGCAAGGGUGGCCAGCACUCCGGUGCCCCCUCUGGCACCCAGGCUGGUCCCCAGCCCACUGGAUCUUUCGGUGGUCAGCAAUAA